ACUGAAACCAGUGUUUUCUACAGACCAGUUUGAAGGUGGAAAUCUAUCCUUGCCGGCACUGCAUUGACGAGUGCUAUUGCUAUUGCCGGCACUGCAGAGCAUCAACGCCAUUGAUAAAUCGACUUGGUGCUAUUUGCUAGUUUCCAGUAUUCCUAGUUUACUUCUCCCAGAAGCAAAAGCUUUUAGCCCGGACCAUCACCGCCAUGGCAUUCCCAACCAGAAAAUUUGGGGUUUCAUUACGACCAUUGUGUCAUCCCUUUCGCUUCCGGCCCCAGAGACCUGCUCAGGCUGAACCUGUCAUGGAUGGAGGUGAUUGGAGGGCUCAUGUUCCACCUGAUGCCCGCCAGAGGAUUGUCAACUACAUCAUGGACACAUUGAAGAGAGUUGUUCCUGUUUCUGGACCAGAGCAACUGCAUCAGCUAAGGAAUCUUGCUGAAAGGUUUGAGGAAAAGCAUUAUUCUGCUGCCACAAGCAGGUAUGAUUACCUGCGGAGACUAGCUGCGAAGUUGCUGACAUUGGAGGGUUUGGCUAAAACCAAUUAUGCUGCUCAAAGCAAAAAGUCCUCUGAUGGCAACAGAUCCUCUGAUGACCAGAAAUUCUCUGCUAUCAAAGAAUCCCUCAGAUCCAGACUUUGAGACUGGAAAAUGGAGUUGGUUGGAAGUUGCUGCUAUCCUUGUUAUUUCAUAGGUCUACUAUGAUCUGGAAAUGGAAUUUUGAAAUGUAAAAUGUAGAAUCUAACUAACAACUCAGUCUAGGCAUGAUGUGAUUUCUUGAUAAAAUGUUGAUAUGAUGUUUGAAUGUUAAAUGUUAGAUUUGUAGUUGGAAGCUGAUAUGGAAUGUUGCAGUUUUUACUAAUCAAUCCGGAACUUGGAGAGGAAAUAUU